UCCUUUUUUAACUCCAUUAUUUCCAUGGAUUUUCCACCCCACCCGCGCAAUCCAUAUGAAAAUUGUUUGGAUGAAACCUAUCAUUCUGGUUCAUUCACUAAUCCAGCGGCAAAACAGCUGAAGAGAUGGAGAAGGGCCGUGAUGAUGAUACGAGUGUGCAGCCGAGCAUUCCCUUUUUUCGCUAAGACUCAGGCCUCAAUGGAUGAAAGCUUACCGUAUUACCGAAUGAAAAAAAAAGCUGAUGAAGAAAGUUGUGACAAUCCAUUUUAUUGGAAAUCAACUACUUUGCCGGGCGAGGACGAGGCAUCUACUUCAAGCGGGCAGCCCUUAAGCCUGCGAACGUUGCAAAUGCAUGAAUUCCCAGAAGAAGAAGAAGAACAUUGCCAAUGCCCACACUGCAAAUCCCCGGACACAUGGAUCAGCUAUCAGAGCAGCCAGUACUUGCCGCAGUCACACCAUUUUUGCGAGUCCUGGACCCGUGGUGGACCCCUGCUAAUGUUGCAGAGGCGUGAAUUCCAUGCACAGCAACAUUCCCAAUGCCCGCGCUGCAAAUCCACCCACACAUGGAUCUGCUAUCACAGCAGCAGCAGCCACCACUUGUCAUGGUCACGUCAUUUUUGCGACUCCUGCCAAAAUUACUGGUACGGAGAAUUUUCGAAUCCCAGCAUCACAGCUCUUGCAAUGGGUGGUUUUCAACCUAAGAUUGAUCAGUAUCUGGAAUCAAACAGUGGGUCUCGUAUUAUAAGGAUAUCAGAUCAAUAUCAAGGUGGCACGAGACCACUUGAGCACUCCAAUGGCGCCCAACUGAUCAAUAAUAGCAUGGAUCCUUCCAAUGAAGUGCAGUAUCGAGCUUGGGAAGCCCAACUGAUCAAUAUCGAGCUUGAGACGCCCAAUGGAAGAGGCACGUCAACUUAUCCAAUCAGAGGUGCUACCGCCUCAUCCCAAUAUCCCCUGCAGUCUAAUGAUUCUCCGACGCAGAAGAUGAAGUUGGCAAUGCCGUUCCUUGCAAUUGCUGGUCAAGUUGCCGCUUCUUUCAUGACUACUUUGGCUAAAGAUAAGUGGCCUUUCAUCUUUGCUGUGGCUGCAAUUGCAAUUGGCUUCAUUUGUGGUCUGAGUGCCAUUUUUCUCCAUCCUAGAAAGAAAAAGGCUGCUGCUAUCCUGGAGAAAAUUGGAGUCAUUAUUGCGGCAUGUGCAAUUAUUGUCACGCUGUGUACGCUGAUCCUUCCUGAAAACAUUAUCUGGGUAAGCUUUUUUGCAUGUCUCAUCCCAUGCAUUGCGCUUGCCCUGAUAGUCAUGAAACCCUGACUAUAUGGCCAAAAUUAGAUCCAGGGAUUAUGUCCCCCAACUUAAAUCCAGGGAUUAUGUCCCAAAUCAUACUUAGGGGCCUAUGGCCCAAAUCAAUUAUAGGGACUAUGUCCCAAAUCAUAUCUAGGGCCUAUGGCCCAAAACAACAUCUGGACAGGGUGGUGGUGGAGACCUUCGGCCAGUUGGUCCUUCCUCUCAAUCUGUUAGGGACAAAAAGGCAUCUCAUUCCCAUCUUCUUCUCAAACGUUUGGAUUGCAAUUUUUCCCUAAUUGCCUUGGAAAUCUUGAGGAGGGUUGCGCUCUGGAAGGAAGAUUUGUUCUUGAAGAUCAUAUCAUUGCGCUCUGGACAGAUGAAGUAUACCGUCGCCACUAGACUAGCACCAUCUUUGAGAGCUGAUUCCGGAAUGACUUGGCCCUCCAGUGCAAAAAAAAAAUCGCCCAAUUAGAAGGUACGACAUAGAUAAUCUCCUCUGUACCGCUAGCCACAAUGGAUAUGGGGUUGUUGACUAAAUGGGACCAAGAGGUUGGAUUUUCAGGUGGGGAGAGGUAUGAAAGAAAGAGUGCUUUUCAUUGUGUAUAGCUUUGUUGGAGAGGGAAUCCAUAUAUAGUGGGGUGUCACGAUUUGUAGUGGUGAGGAGGAGGAAGAUGGGAGAAAAUUACGGUGGAUUCAUUGCUAGCUCCCAAUGGGACAAGGAUGAAAGCUUUGAAGCUUUAUUAGGCGCAACCAGUGGAGAAUUACUCGGCUGUUUACUGAAAUUGUUCCCACAAUUGGAACAACAGACCAGCUAGGCUUAAAACCAGAGAUAGCCCAGGUCUAGCAAAGAAGAUUGUUCCAAACUACCGCUCAUCGUGCCUUGCUGAUGCUGAGACCCAUCUUCACCUCUUCUUCAAGUACAAAUUCUCCUCUGAAAUUUGGAUGUAUUUCCAACAAUACUUAUGUCGUAUCUAUGUUGAAUUCAAAUAUCAUUUGGGGGUGUGGAUUGAUUUGUGUUAUUUUUUUUACUCUGUGUUUGAAAAAAGAAAGAAAAAAAUGAUAAAAAAGAAAAAGAAAAAAAAAAGAAGUAUUAUUUUGGAAGUUUGUGGGUAUCUUCGCUGGAAAUCCUCACGAGACUACAACUCGUCCUUUAGGGGUAACCUAAGGGUUCAAAGGCUUAUUGCAUAUGCUAAAUGCAAUCGAGAAGACCAGCGAAAGUGAGUUUUGUUUUUAUUUUUGUGUGUUUUGCUGGAGGACUAGCAAAAUAUAUGGAUUUUCAGGUGGAGAGAGGUAUGAAAGAAAGAGUGUUUUUCAUUGUGUAUAGCUUUGUUGGAGAAGGAAUCCAUAUAUUCUGGGGUGUCAAAUUUUGUAGUGGUGAGGAGGAGGAAGAUGGGAGAAAAUUGGAGUCACUUUUGCGGCAUGUGCAAUUGAUCCUUCCUGGUGUAAGCGCUUUGCAUGUCUCAUCCCCUGCAUUGCGCUUGCCCUAAUCACUCUAUCACACUAUGUACAUGCAUGAUCCAUGCCUAUCACCCCCAAAAAAAAUAAUAAAAUAAAUAAGACAUGUAAUUAAGUGGAGCAUUUUUCCUAGUAGAUCUUCUUCCUUUCCUCCAAGAAAGGUCUGUAAAUAU